GGGAAAUCUAGAAAUUUGAUAUUGACGAAUCGCCAUGGCUGCUCACGACGACGGAUUCUCAGACGCUGCUAUGGAAAAUCUUAUGGGUCAAGUAGAGAAACGGCCGAUUUCUACCGUCGUCUUCAUCCUAUGCAAAAGGAAGCUCAGCCUCUGAUCGACAGACUCAGACUCGUUAAAGACGUUAAUCCGCCGUUUCCAAAAGAGGUGACGUGGGUUCUGUUCAAUGGAAUGUAUAAAGACUUGAACAUCAAUAUAGUGUGUCCAGGAAAAGAUGCAACUCUUGGGGUCGAUAGUGUAUGCACGAUUCCUGCAUCUCUCGUGACUUAUGCUUCAAUUCAAGCAAUUAAGCCAGACUUAAUCAUUAAUGCAGGAACUGCUGGUGGGUUUAAGGCCAAAGGAGCAAGUAUUGGUGAUGUUUAUAUUGUCUCCUGUGCUGCUUUCCAUGACAGAAGAAUACCUGUUCCUGUUCUUGAUUUAUAUGGUGUUGGUAUGCGGAAAGCCUUCCCUACACCCAACCUUAUAAAGGAGCUGAACCUAAAGGUAGGAAGAUUAUCCACUGGUGAUUCUAUGGAUAUGUCACCACAUGACAAAGAAUCCAUCACAGCGAAUGAUGCUACAGUUAAAGACAUGGAGGGAGCAGCAGUGGCCUACGUGGCUGAUAUUUUUAAGAAUAACUAUAACUAUAGAACACACCCUUGUGUUGGGCCCAAAGACAAUGAUGUAUCAAGAGAAAAUUCUCAGAAGAAAGCGAGUUUGGAGGCAGAAAUGGGAAGCAUCGAUGCUGCAGGGUUGGGUGCAGAAAAGAAACCAAAUCCAGGGAAAGCGACAAUUCUUGCUCUUGGUAAAGCCUUUCCUCACCAGCUUGUGAUGCAAGAGUACUUAGUCGAUGGCUACUUCAAAACCACCAAUUGUGAUGACCCUGAACUCAAACAGAAGCUUACACGCAAGACAACGACGGUGAAGACGAGGUAUGUUGUGAUGUCGGAGGAGAUACUCAGGAAAUAUCCAGAACUAGCCAUUGAAGGAGGAUCUACGGUGAAGCAGCGACUCGACAUCUGCAACGACGCUGUAACCGAAAUGGCAGUGGAAGCUUCCAGAGCCUGCAUCAAGAACUGGGGCCGUUCUAUUUCCGACAUAACUCACGUUGUCUAUGUCUCCUCGAGCGAAGCUCGUCUUCCGGGUGGUGACUUGUUCUUGGCCAAAGGGCUUGGUCUCAGCCCCGAGACACACCGUGUUCUGCUCUACUUCGUCGGUUGUUCCGGUGGCGUUGCGGGGCUACGUGUAGCCAAAGAUAUAGCCGAGAACAAUCCGGGAAGUAGAGUGUUGCUUGCCACGUCAGAGACGACCAUCAUUGGUUUCAAACCGCCAAGUGCAGAUAGACCGUAUGAUCUUGUUGGUGUGGCACUGUUUGGUGAUGGAGCCGGCGCUAUGAUCAUCGGAUCCGAUCCAGACCCGAUCAGUGAGAAGCCUCUCUUUGAGCUUCACACUGCAAUCCAGAAUUUCUUGCCUGACACGGAGAAGACGAUAGAUGGGAGGCUAACGGAAAAUGGGAUAAACUUCACGCUGUCGAGAGAGCUUCCACAGAUAAUAGAAGACAACGUGGAGGAUUUCUGCAAGAAGCUAAUAGGAAAAGCGGGACUGGCUCAAAAGGACUAUAACCAAAUGUUCUGGGCGGUUCAUCCAGGUGGACCGGCCAUCUUGAACCGAAUGGAGAAGCGGCUGAACCUGUCGCCUGAGAAGCUGAGUCCAAGCAGAAGAGCUCUCAUGGACUAUGGCAACGCAAGUAGCAAUUCGAUCGUUUAUGUGUUGGAGUAUAUGUUGGAGGAGAGCAAGAAGGCGAGGAACUUGAACGAAGGUGAAAACGAGUGGGGUUUGAUUCUAGCUUUUGGACCUGGUGUUACAUUUGAAGGCAUCGUUGCUCGAAACCUUGAUGUU